AUGAAGGGCAGAAUGAAGGAUUUCACUCCGAAGUCCAAGUGGCUUGGCGGCUUUGUGGACCCCAUCACGCAGACGCAAGUGCGGUCCAAGGACCAGCUCAAGAAAUUGAUGGAGGAGCGUGGCUUCGCCAAGAUGGGUGAGCAGCAGGUGCCGCUUCUCAUCCGCGAGCACCAGCGCAAGUAUCAGUACAUCGUAUCGGAAGCUACCAUCUGGCGUAAGAAAUGA